CAAAUCCCCAACCCUAACCUUUCCCAAUUUCUCCCGCGCUCUCUCUCUCUCGUCUCUUUCCUACAAACUUCCCUCUCUUUUUGCUCUCUCACACAGUCCUCUGUUCCUUCAGAACGGAAGAAAGAAACAGAACCCACGAAACCCUAAACUCUCACCUCUCUCAGUUUCACUCAUUUAUGGGAAAGUACUUCAAGAAAUCCAAGCUUACUGCCGCCAUUGCUCUCAUGGAAGUCUCCCCUCACUCCUCUCCCGGACUUCGUACUAGAGCCGCUAAAACCCUUGCCUUACAGCGCCUCAACAAAUCUGCCCUUGCUUCUUCUUCUUCUUCUUCUUCUUCUUCUUCUUACUUGCAGCUUCGGAGCCGCCGGCUUGAAAAGCCUCCGAUACUCAGGCAGCACCAGAAGGCGAACCCGGAUGGCGAGUGUUGCAGAGGUCGCUUAACUCUUGAAUGUUCCUCGACGGACUCGGAGAAGAGGAAGCUUGGUGUGGGAGAAACACAGAGUGGAAAUGUUUGGGAUGUCGAAGAUGUUUUUAGCGAGAACUGUCUCGAAUUUGGAGGUGAAAAUUGGGGAACUGCAGGAAAAAUGCAUAGCAGUGUGGCUAGGGAUUCAAGCUCCAAUGAAACAUCUCACUCAACAAGGAUGGAGACAAUUUCAAGUUCAACCAAAUCAAGAGUAGAGAUGGAGUUGCUUAAAAGUUUCCCAUCCGCAAAUGAUAUAGAGGAGUUCUUUGCACACGAAGAGCUAUGGCAUCAACGAACAUUUAUUCAGAAGUAUAACUUCGACUUUGCAAGUGAUAUGCCUCUCCAAGGGCGAUACGAAUGGGUGCAAGUGGUUCCUUAAGUAGCUACGAUCUCGAAUACCUCUACAUAGCUCAUUUUGGGAGAACACAGGAUGGGUUGAAGACAGGCAUUGAAGUUUCUGUAGUUACACAAAGUUAGAGCAUCUCAUACUAACCAGCUUUUAUUUAAUACGUCUUUAGUUAGACAUUUGGGGAAAUAGGAAGUACAUAUGUGCUAACGCACAGCAUCUAUCUUUGUAAUAUGUAAUGUUUAUCUCAACCGUUUCUACUGUCCAUAUCUGGUUAGUUUAUCUUGGAAAUUAGUAAAAUAAAUGAAGUUACUUUA